CUUUCUUGUCGCUGAACCAUUUUCCAUGUUGAAAUUAACAACACAUCGUCUCUUGGCGGCUCUUGUUGGCAUACUGCACUGUUUGGUCGUGGCGGUGCUGGGCUUCAGGUCAUACAUCCGCUGGACAAUCCAGCAGCUCACCCCCUGCGGACGGUGCUGUGUACAGGCUGCAGGAAGUUCCUGAAUGCUUAUUCUGUGGUGCUGAACGCCUGCAAUAUGAGACCGCAAGUAUGUGCUGCAGCAAGGGUGAAGUUGUCCUGACCUCAACUGAAAUGCCGGAGCAGCUGGUUCAAUUAUUCACGGCGCAUGAUCCUUUAUCAAAACACUUUCGCUCAUGUGUGCGCACAUACAACAAUACUUUUGCUUUCACGUCCAUCGGGAUCUACAAUUACGACAAAAGUCUUUGCAGACGGAACCAGGGGAUAUAUACGUUUAGGGUUCAAGGCCAAAUAUAUCAUUUCAUAAAUGAUCUUCUCCCUGAUGGUUGCCCACCCCGUAAUCUUCAAUUGUAUUUCUACGACACAGACCAUGCUCUUUCCAGCAGGCUAGAAUCAACAGAUCGUCUGGACAAAGAUGUGGUCCAAGUGUUAAUGGAAGUGAUGUGUGCAAACCCGUAUGCCCAGUUCUUCAAAACACUUGGUGACGUUGAACAAGCAGGGGAAUUUUCCAUUGUCCUUAAUGGUAAUCCUUGUCUCGAUCAACGUGUUUACAACCGCCCAGCAACAUCUCAAGUUGCUGCGGUUUGGGUCGAAGAUGGCUAUGAAGGCGCGCCUUCAAACAGAAACAUUCGUGUGUAUGCCCACAGUGGAAGGUCUCAGAACAUCCAUUACUACUAUGGGUGUUAUGACCCUCUACAAUACCCGCUUUUGUUCCCGCGAGGAGAGGUUGGUUGGCACGAGGGAAUUGCCAGGUGUCCUUCCGGCGUGCUGCACCCCGGUUCAGCACCUACUAACUCACUUUCCAUUAACACAACUCUGUUUGGAUCAGGCGAAUCGCUUAUAGCAAGAGAGGAACUCUUGCUCAAUACUGGCAAAAAACGACAUUCUAUUUCUUGCAGGGAAUAUUACGCAUACAAGUUACAACUUCGCCGGGCAGACAAGGCGCUUAUCCUGCAUUCUGGGCGCCUUUUCCAGCAAUACAUUGUUGACAUAUAUAUUAAAAUUGAAACGCAGAGGCUUGAUUAUUAUCGAAGCAAACAGCGUGACUAUCGGGGCGAGACAUACCAGGGGCUGGUUGACAGCGUCAGCACAGGUAUCCAGACCACCAGUGACGUUGGCAGGCGCGUGAUACUGCCAGGCUCAUUCAUUGGCGGGCCGCGCGACAUGCGUGGCCGCUACAUGGACGCAAUGGCGCUUGUCCAGAAUUAUGGUAAGCCAGAUCUGUUUAUCACCAUCACGUGCAAUCCCAGCUGGCCAGAAAUUAAAAACCGCCUAAAAUUCGCUGAUGAGGCCCAAAACCGCCCUGACCUUGUUGCACGUGUUUUUCGAGCGCGCCUGGAAGACUUCAAAAAGGACAUUAUUUCAAAAUCUAUGUUUGGAAAGGUAGUUGCAUACACGUAUGUCAUCGAAUUCCAAAAAAGGGGCCUCCCUCAUGCUCAUUUUCUCGUCAUUUUGUCAAGGGAAUGCAAAAUAACAACUUCUGCUCGCUGUGAUCAGUUAAUCACUGCUGAACUGCCGGAUCCUAUCACAGACCCCGGACUGUAUCUGCUUGUAAAAAAACAUAUGCUACAUGGACCCUGCGGCACGAUCAACCCACAAUGUCCUUGCAUGGUUGUUGCGCGUGGAUCAGGAUCCCCAACAUGCAGAAAUAAGUUUCCCCGUAACUAUUCCGCUGUCACAGAAUUUGAUGAAAACUGCUUCCCUGCAUACAGACGUCGUGAAUCUGGAAUAACUGUCAUAGUAAGAAAGCAUUCCCUGGACAACCGUUGGGUUGUCCCUUAUAAUGCCCAGUUAUUGCGCAAAUACGAUUGCCACAUCAAUGUGGAAGUUUGUGCAAGCGUGAAAUCAGUUAAGUACAUUUACAAAUAUGUGUACAAAGGACAUGACAGGAUAAGCAUGUCGUUGUCAGAGACAAGGGAGGAUGAGGUGAUCGACGAAAUUUCCGAUUUUCAAAAAGCUAGGUGGGUCUCUGCCCCCGAGGCUGCGUGGCGUAUCUUCAGCUUUCCCAUCUCUGAAAUGCGCCCCGCUGUUCUUUCACUGCAGGUCCACCUAGAAAAUUCUCAAUACCUUACCUUUUACGGCAACCAGCGCAUAACAUACAUCACGCAGGCUGCUGAUUCCAUGAAAACAAUGUUGACGCAGUUCUUUGUGAUGAACGCGUCUGACCAAGUUGCGAAAUCUCUGCAUCUUCUUUAUGUUGAAUUCCCCCAUUACUUUGUCUGGAACAGUCAGCGCAAAGAAUGGACUCAACGCAAACGGAAAGAAGUCAUAGGUCGACUUGUCUCUGUGAAUCCGGUAGAAGGGGAGCGCUAUUAUCUUCGCCUCUUAUUGGCUAAUGUACGAGCCCCAACAUCAUUUAUGCAUCUCAUAAGUGUUGGUGAUGAUGAAUUGCCCACAUACAGGGCUGCGGCUGAACGUCUCGGGCUUUUGUCGGGUGACUUUGUGAUUCGGGCAUCCCUCGAUGAGGCAGUUUUGUUCCAGCUGCCAUCCAGCUUGCGUAGAUUGUUCGCCACACAUUUAUGCUUCUCAGAUGUGCCAGACCCACGUGCACUAUGGGAGGAGUACAAGUCGCAUUUGUGUGAAGAUUUUGCCCGGUUUGAGCCAUGUUCACUUGCUGAACAGUCUGCUUUAAUAGUUUUACGUGAUCUCUUCACUGAAAUGGGGAAGGAAAUGGAUUCUUUUAACUUGGUGGAAGCCGACUUAUGCGGAUCUGUCCCUGACGGUUUCACACGGGAAGUAUUGGCGGAGCUUAAUGUGCUUGUGAGUGAUGCAGACCUUAAUGGAAUCUCAUCGUUAAAUACUCAACAGCGAGUGGCAUUUGACUCCAUCAUGGCAGCAGUGCACGCUUGUGAGGGAGGUGUGUUCUUCGUUGAUGGGCCUGGGGGGACAGGGAAAAGUUUCUUAUACAGGUGCUUGCUCGCUGCAACAAGGACAAACAAAUGGAUUGCACUUGCAACUGCAAGUUCUGGUAUUGCGGCAUCUAUUCUUCCUGGAGGUCGCACUGCGCACUCCCGCUUUAAACUACCGUUUGACGGUGAAUCAAAGUACAUUUGCAAUAUCGGAAAACAGUCUUCUGAAGCGCGCCUGCUUAGAGAAGCACGACUUAUUUUGUGGGAUGAGGCAUCCAUGGCAAACCGCAUGAUUGUUGAAAGCUUGGACACCACACUGAGGGACAUACUAGAUAGUGACACUCUUUUUGGAGGGCGGGUUAUGGUGUUUGGCGGUGAUUUUAGGCAAACUUUGCCAGUUGUGCGUUCUGGUACGAGGCAUGACUUUGUUGAUGCUUGCUUACUUAGAUCAAUGAUAAUCUGGCCGCACGUGCAGCGACUGCGACUUGUUGAAAAUAUGCGCGCCCAUGAGGAUCCAGGUUUUUGUGACUAUUUAUUGCGAGUUGGUAAUGGAACUGAACCGAACACCUCCCCAGGCAGAAUCAGAAUCCCUUCCAACUUUUUACUACCUUGGGUCAAUGAAACUGUCUCAUUGGAUUUACUCUUUGCAGCAGUGUACCCGAAUUUGUGCUUGUUCGAAAAUGACCCUUACUCUCUGAUGUCACGUGCCAUAUUGACAACAAAGAAUGACAUUGUAGAUUUUAUCAAUUCAUCUUUAAUGAACAAGUUCCCGGGAGAAGCCCACACAUUCCUAAGCCAUGAUAUACCUAUUGACUCAAAAAACACACACUGUGAGGAUUACUUACACACUUUAUCCCCUGCUGGCUUGCCCCCCCACAAACUGACUCUGAAGCGUAAUUGUCCAAUAAUGUUGCUUCGAAAUCUUAAUCCGUGCGCAGGCUUGUGUAAUGGAACCCGCUUAGUAUGUGAUUCAUUUGGGAAUCACAUUUUAAGCUGUUACAUUGCUACGGGCGACCACAAAGGCAAACACGUUUUCAUUCCAAAAAUUCCCCUUGAAGUUUCAAGGGAUGAAAACUGCCCAGUCCUGUUUAAACGCGUUCAAUUUCCUGUGAAGGUUUGCUUUGCGAUGACGAUCAACAAAUCGCAAGGUCAGACGCUUGACUACGUUGGCAUCUAUUUAAAGGAGCCUGUUUUUUCUCACGGACAGCUAUAUGUUGCCCUGUCGAGAGCGCGCAAUGCAGAUUCAAUUAAAAUUGUCAUUUGUCCGGAUGAUCCUAGGCCAGCUCUCGCUGCUACAACUGCCAACGUUGUCUUUGAGGAAAUAUUGCCCUUUAUUAACUAGGUGAACGACACAAAUGGAAGCUGAAGUGCCAAUCCUAUCUGUGACACCAAAUACCAGGCCGUGGACCUGCCGAGUUACUGUGGUGGAAAAACAGAAUGUGCGUGCUGCAAAGGCGUCUCCCAUAAAGUUUAUGCCGAUGAUACUCAUGGAUUCUGCCGGAACCAGGGUUCAGGCGACUGCUUUCCAAGGUGACAUUGAAGGGAUCGAUCAGCGCCUUACGCUAUACUCCACCUAUCUUGUCUCUAAUGCGUAUGUAAAAUCGAUCAGUGACAUGCGUUUCUGCGUUGAUGGAGCGUACCCUUACGUUUGGUCAUUCACACGACGAACUAUGAUCCAAGAUGUUGUUGAGGAAGAAGGUCAAGACUUCCGUCAACUGGCUGAGGCAGACACCACCCCCUUUUCAGACAUUUAUGCUUCUUACAUGCGCGAUGAACGAAUCAAUGUUUUGGCUGCAGUGGUGAAGAAGCUGCCGCGAACAUUUGUCUUCUCCAAUGCGAAACAAAAACCUGCAUGGGAUGUCGUCCUGCUCGAUGCACAGUGCAUCCCAGUUACAUUCACCAUGUGGGAGGAAUUCAUCACUCGACAUGGUGGUGAGAUUGACCAAUGUUUGCAAACUGGAGAUUUCCCCUUGCUUCUGAUAAAUAGGGCUGCCAUCAACCUUUAUCAAGGUUUGACUUUGUCGACUCGCUUUGACUGUCAUGUUGUGCUCAAUCCUGACGGAGAACGGGCGCUACAGUUGAAAAAAUGGGUUUCUGACAACAGAGAUAAAAUAAACGACGUACUGCUUGCAAAGAAAUAUGACGAAGCUCUUGCGCUAAUUGCCAAGCCUCAUUCGCAGCCGCUCACUGCCCUUAAGGAUUUGGAAAGCGCCCUCAAUGAGGAUCCCAUUGUUUGGGUGUCCGCCAAAUUUCACUUGACAGACACUUCAGAGGAAGGUUUCUACAUUGGGUGUGACUACUGCAAUCGUAGAGUACAUGGGGCAGAAGGUGUGAACUUUCAGUGCCUUUUCUGUGGGCAGAAGAAUGGCACUGCUGUUAAAAGGUUCAGGCUCAACGCUUCGCUGGAUGACGGGACCAGCACCAUCCCUGUCACGCUCUUCACAAGUGAUGUGAUGCAGCUCUUGAAAUGUGUGAAUAUUGAUCCAACUGGUGACAUGGAUUUGGAAAUAUUUGAUGCAAAACUGCAAAACAUCAACUUUGUCGCUGGAGUGAAGCGUACUAAGAGCAACGAAGAGGGGCUGCAGGGCAAUCCCUACUCGAUUGUGUGCAUCUCCUGUAUUGAGAUAACCCCCCAGAACUCCCCGAAAAAUGACGACACAUCGCCAGAAACUGCUGCUGCUCACUUGACCUCUUUGAAGAGGAAGUUAAACUUCAAAUCCAUCAAUCAGUUACCUGCCGCCUCACCUUCAUCCUCCAAGGCUCCUGUGGCACACAAGGCCAAUAUUCCUGAAGACAAGCUCACGCCCCUGGGUCCCAAAAAACACAAACCAAGCAACGCUUAAUGUCCAAGAAGCAUUUUUUUGCUGUACAUAGUGGGUGGUCACUGCAUACUUCUAGCCACGCUCUGUCGGAUGUCGCUCUUCAGUUGCCCGUUAUGUGUUCACCCACAAGCUCUUUUGCCCAACUGCUGGACUGUAUAAUUGCCAGAAAGUGAUGCUGCUACUAUCGCACUACUUACUGCUUAAUUAUGCACCUGUCCACGCUUGCACCGUCACUUCUAUA